AACAAUCAGUUAAAUUAAACAAGUUCACAAAUAAAGUAAUGAUUGGAUGAAGAGGUUUACAAAUCGAGGACGACCUCAUUAUUAGUUAAACCGGAUUUUCGGAUGCAAUACGGGAUUGGUUUUCGGUUUACAAAUUUGACCUAUUUCUUGUUUUGCUAAACAAUUUUUUUACUGACGAAAAAGAAUGUUUUCUAGAAGAAUAAUACGAUCUGCACCUUCAAUUAAGUUAAAUGGUUUCAUAAAGAAAAAUAUUCAUCAAAGCAGUGUAAGACACAAUUCUAAGGUAUAUGAGCUGAGAGUAUACCAGGUAAAACCAGAAAGUGUAAAGCCCUUUAUGGAGUUGUCUAAAGAGUGGCUCCAUCUACGAACACAGCACUCUGUAUUGAUUGGCUAUUGGACUAGUGAAAUAGGUGGUAUUAAUGAUAUGGUACACAUCUGGGAAUAUGAUAGUUUGGACCACAGAGCCAAAGUAAGACAAGCUUUAGCUGGUGAUGCCUCCUGGAUAGCUAAUUACUUUGGCAAAAUAUUACCAAUGAUGACACGACAGGAGAAUUCUUUACUGGUACCUAAUGGAGAACUCAAUCUUAAUCAACAAGAUCUCAAAGGUGUUUAUGAACUGGAAGUUUUCAAUGGUAAAACAGUUGAACGACCUGAAGACAAAUUACUGGGAUCUUUCACAGGACUGAUUGGACCACUCAACACUGGCUGCAACCUGUGGUUCCACAAGUCAGUAGAUGAUAUGGUUAACAGUUUAAAGAAAGUCAAUAGUAAAGGAUCUACUGCUACAGGCCAUUCACGCUUGCUGAUGCCGACACCAUGGUCACCGCUGAAGUGA